AUGAUCAGUCAAGCACCCUCCCCAUCUGGGACUCAACCACAUCUCAUCCCCCCACCCACACCAGUCAUCACCGCCUCCACAUCCGGGAACAUCCGUCAUGAAUGGCCCGCAAUAGGACUCACCCUCGUCCACGAAUUCAUCUCCCCAGCCGAAGAACAAGAGAUGAUCUCUGCCUUCCAUGCCAUCUCCCCCCUAAGCCCGGCCGAUUCAAAAAGACGAAUAAGCCAACAUUUCGGUCACCACUUCGAUUACACCACCUUUGGAAUCGACGAGUCAAAGCACAGCCCUGUCCCAGCUUAUAUCACAAACUUUCUCGACAGGCUACCGGUCGACACUGAUGGGAAGGAAGCAGGACGAAAGCCGGACCAGUUCACCGUGCAAUACUACCCUCCAGGCGCCGGCAUCCCGCCACACGUGGAUACCCACAGCAUGUUCGGGGAGGCGCUGUACAGCCUGAGCUUUGGGAGUGGGGUGCCGAUGAUUUUCAGGAUGAGCGGGGAGAACGAGGCGAGGAAGUUGAGGCUGCCCAAGAGGUCACUGCAGGAGUCUUCAGAUGGUAAUGUGAAUGGGAAAGUAGGGGGGGAGAUACUCGACAAAGCUGAAGGAGUCGUUGUACACCCGGCUUGGGAGCUUAUGCUGCCGGCGAGGUCACUUCUUGUCAUGAGGGGGGCUUCGAGGUAUGGCUAUACGCAUGGGAUUCGACCUAGAAAAACGGAUGCGGUGGAUGGAAUCACGAUAAAAAGGGAAGGGAGGUAUUCAAUAACCAUGAGGAGUGUCAGGAGGGGCGAGGAGAUUGGCUGUGACUGCCUGUUUCCGGGGGUUUGCGACGCCCGUGUGAGACAAGAGCAGGAAGCUGCGUUAAGGGCUGGGGGUAUCAAAAAGGCAGAAGCCCAAUAA